GAUAACAGCGGAGGAUUCAAACUGAACAUGGCUGCGGAUAAAGAUGUCGAUGAAAACAAACAAUAUAGAAGCAGAGGUGUAGUGCACAAUAUGGUGAUGAAUCAUGAGGAAUCACCAGGGGGGUUCCAUGCUGGCCGACCACAAGUCCUCUUCAGCCCUGACUUUUUUGUGGAGAAACUCCGCCAUGAGAGCCCUGAUGUUUUCCUGGAGCUGGUGCUUAGUAACAUUACUCGCCUUAUUGAUCUACCUGGGACAGAGUUUGCACAGCUCCUUGGUGAGGAGGGUCCUAAGACCCCAACAAGUGGAAAUGGAGGCUUCUUUCGCUCUUUCAACUUCCUCAAACGCAAAGAUAAAGGCAUUUUGUUUGGAACCACGCUGACCGAGGGCUGCAUUGCCCAGAUCUACCAGCUCAUUGAGUACCUCAGCAAAAAUCUGCACGUAGAGGGUCUGUUUCGGGUGCCGGGGAACAAUGUUCGCCAGCAGACCCUGAAAGAGCUCCUCAACAGCGGGGCCGAAGUCGACCUGGAGUCUGGGGACUUUCACCCCAAUGACGUGGCCACGCUGCUCAAGACUUUCCUGGGAGAGCUGCCCGAGCCCCUGCUCACACACAGACACUUCCACGCACACCUCAAGAUAGCUGAUAUGACUCUGUUUGACAAACACGGCAACAAGACUGCGUUACCCAACAAGGAGCGUCAGAUAGAGGCCCUGCAGCUCCUCUUCCUGCUGUUACCCCAGGCCAACCGCUCACUGCUGAAACUCCUGCUGGACCUGCUCUACCACACUGCCAAGCAGCAGGACAAGAACAAGAUGUCUGCCUUUAACCUGGCCCUCAUGUUUGCCCCACAUGUCCUUUGGCCCAGACAUAUGACAGCCAGUGACCUGAAAGACAAUCUAAAGAAACUGAACAACAGCAUGGCCUUCCUCAUCAAACACUCGCAGAAACUCUUCCGGGCUCCAGUCUACCUGCGGGAGUAUGCCAACGUGCACUUCACUGGCUCCAAGGCUCUGCAGACCAAGGAUGAGCUGGAUCUGCUGGCGGCGAGCAGCUCUCCUGCUCUGCGGACAGUGUUGCCCCUGAAGAGGACGGCCGUUCAGGGCCCCAGCUCUCAGGAGCAGUUCCAAUCACCGGCACAACAAUACACAGAAGAGGCUCUGAAGGAGCUCUUCAGACACGUCAACCACAACAUGCCAGACUCCGCCAAGAAGAAGAAACUCGUCCGACAGUUAGUCAAGCAGACAUCUGAUCCAUCAGAGACCCCUACUAAAGAGCAGCACCUGCUCCUCCCAGCUCCCAGCAAGAAACAUCCGCGUUCCCGCUCCUUUGGUGGCCUCAUCAAGAGAAAAGCUCGUGGUGAGCAGCUGACCGCCGAAAGGCGGCUCAAACACAUCUCCCCUGAUAUUGUCACCAGGACAGAAAGAAAACCUGGUAAAGAGAACGCCAUGUGGCAAGGGGUGAACAGCCCAUUGAAUGGUCCUGUGUUGGGGAAGGCGGGGCUGGUCGUGAAAAACCCAGACUUAACUUUGAAGAAGGACAAAGCGCUAAAGGUUUCCAAGCAGGACUCUCCGCCUUUGACCAGGAUCUGUUUCUCUCCUGCUCAGGAGAUCUCGCUGUAAAACCCCACACCUCUUCCUCACCGUGGACAGGACUUGGGCAGUAUUAAUUAUUAUUCCACCUGUUUAUCAUGUUUUUUUAAUUGUAGUAUGUCUCUUUUUCAACUGUGCCUAACAUACAUAGAAGCGUUAGCCUUGGCCAGAACAGCCAAACAAAAGCCAGGAACUUACCGCUGGACAUUCAUCAAGAUGGGACUAGGUGUUACAAACUGGUACCAACAGUUAAAUGAAAUCUUCCACUGCUAGCUUUGCUCUUAGAUGUAAAGUUGCAUGAUGUGGAUAAAAUUAAUCAACUUUAAAUCAUACGAAACCGUUCUGACUUUGAUAUGCGAUGUCUGAUAAUGCAUGCUAAAUUUAUUUUCUUUUUUUACAUUCAGAAAUACUUUUUAAAACAGCAAAAUUUGUAAUUAUUUUACCAUUAAAUGAUAGAAUUAAUCCAGAUAAACUAUUUUUUGCAUGAUUCCAUUAAGAAACCCUUUCUAUAAAAACAUUGGAUCAUUGAUCAGCCACAGUUUUUUGAUUGAACUUAAUUGGAGAAUUUCUGGUGCUGGAUAAAGUCUGCAGCAGCUUUUUUUUUUUUUUUUUUUUUAUUUUUUUUUUUUUAUAAACUUUUAAACUAUUGUUAAUUUUUUUUUUAUACCACAUAAUAGUCUAGUUUCAAUAGUAUUUUGGGAUCUUUCAAACAUAAGAGUUUUGAAAUUAAGCAAUAAGUCAGCAUUAUAUGAUUUGCUAAAAGAUCAUGUUUUUUUAAAAUGAAAACUAAAUUACAGCGAGCAUGGUCUUUGCUUUGGUUUGGCUUCGCUGGCUCACAUCUGCUUGUGCCAGUCAUCACUUGAAACUUGUUUUGUUUGCUACCAUCAGAAUCUAUGACCACUAGCAAGCUGAGUUUACAGUCUGCUGAGUGUAGACUAUGUAUACAUGUUGUACAGUCUGUGUGUUUUUUAAGGUUUUAAACUUUGCAUUUAUUUGGGAACUGUGAUGUUGGGUUUUUUCGUACGAUGUGUUGUAACUCUUUACUUGAUGAUAAUUGCUCGGUGUUGGGCUACUGAAUAUUGAAUCAGUGAGUAGAUCACUUUCUUUUUCAUAUGUUUCAUCCGGAUAUGGAAAACAGGAUUUAAUUGAUUAUCACCUUUACUACUCUCACAGACUUGUUUAAUAUGAAACCAUUGAAUGGAAUCCGUUUGUGAGUCUGUGAAAUAUGAAAUGUUACAUUCCCAGAAUGUCUCAGGCGACUUAAAAUAUGUUUUUGAACAUUUUUUUUUUCUUUUUCUUCAGCUGGAUGAUGGAAGGGUCAAGUGGUUGAGAGAUUUGUCAUGUUGAUUGUUUAAAUGAAAGCAUAAGGAGUGAUUUUUUUUUUUUUGUAUGAAUUUACUCCGGUUGAAAUGAGCAGUAAUCUGUUACAGUCUGGUCCUCUCUUCUCAACAUGGUGUGUAUGUGAGGCGAACUGUGUUAAGAAGAGGCCACACUCUUGUCAAGACAUGAGUCCGAGUAAAGUAACGAAGGAACUUCAAGUCAUAGGUUGGAUAUUUUGAAGUGGGGUUGUACGAGCCACUUACCCAUAGCCUGUGUAUAACCUACAGUAGAUGGCCGUCAGCACGCCCCCCCAGUUUGGAGAAGCAGGCCAGAGUACCGACACGGAAGCCAAGCAAUGUACUGAUGUGAUCGGGGACAGCAGCUAAACGUAUUUUAGACCCCUACAAAACAAAUCUCUAUCAGUUUAAGUGUAUGCUAUAUUUUCACAGCCUUAACUUGCCUUCAGACAGCCCUCUUUAAGUUUACACAGAGGGAACUGAAGCUGUUCUAUGCUCUCAUCAAAGCCACCAGACUCUAUUGACAAAAACGGCUAUUUUAUCUUGCAGAACACAGGAGUUGCUGGUCUACCGCUGCCUCCAUCAGUUAGUUUGUUUGUUGUGUGACUAUGAUGUUUUAAAAGGGUUACUUAACGCUGUUGUUAGGGAACUAACAAUGAACAAACUAACCAAUCAAGGCAGCAGUAGACGUGUGGAAAUAUUACUUAAUGCCCCUUUUUUAUAUUUGGAAGUUUGUAAUUUUUUAAUGCACAGUUCUCAGUUCCUUCAGCUUUACUCUUCAUGGCUUGACUUAACUGGCAUCUGCCCAUUUUGUUUUAUUGCGAGUACGGAUGCACCAGUACCAGUUUAAAAUAUUUCAGCACUAAAAAUGUAAUUUGUUUUCCCCCAACAUUUCCCUGUUUUUCAUGGGCUGUCCAACUCCUCCACAGGGAGGUCAGAGGUCAGCUGUAGAGCUGACUAGGACCAAUUAGCUUUGGUUUCAUUAGUUUAGGUAGAAUCCAAAAAUUAUGCAGGAGAAUUCUUAAAAGUUUUUACUUUUAUUGAUUAUGUGCAACUCAUGUCUCAUGCUAUAUAAUUUGAUUUGAAAUGCCUGUAUUUUUUUCCUCACUCUUGUGUUAGGAAUCUGUUAUUGGUGCAUCCUGUUUUGAAAGUGUUGUGGAUGUCGUAACGAUGGGAUUGUAGAAAGUGAUUGAGGUGUAUAACCUGACUGACAUGUCAGGUGCAGAUGGACACUAAAUACUUUACCUCCUUUUUUGUGUCACAAUAUGUCAUGUCAUAUUCUGAUUGUCAUUGUGUACAAAAGUACACACAUAAGCUUUUUUUUAUUUUUCAAGGAAGUUCACUGAAUUCAUCUCAGCAGCCUUUUGAAACUGAACUGGGAUCUCUGCACGUCAUCUUUUCCUCUUCUCAUGACGUCUCCUUGUCCUUUUCAGUUCUCCGUAGACUGCAGGUUUACAAUCCUGAGCGCAAAUUGGAUUCUCUAUUUAUUGCUGUUUGGGAAACAAAUGUUUUGUGUGGAUGAAAUUCAUUAACUAGAUUUAAGGUACAUUAAUUUUUUUUUUUUUUUUUUAACUCUUUACUUUUUCUCUUUUUCUUUUAGUGGGAAUGCUAUUUUAUAUUUGAAUCAAUUUAAGUCUGUCUGUUGGCCGUCAGUUUUGUUUUUCUCUUUACACAAAUGUGAAACAUUUUAGUUACUGAGUUUUGUACAUGCUCACUGAUGAGUUCUUCUAUACACUGAGGAAAACAGAAUUACAGAAAGUUAAAUGUGACAAAAGUGGGUGGGAUUUAAGUACUUUAACUUAAACUUUACCUGAAUUGUUAUUUGCACUUUAUUUCCUUUUUUAAUUAGAUGGGAAGAAACAUCACUUUUACAAGGUUUUAUUGGGUUAUCGGCCUCCUCAUUUGUCCAAGCACAAUUCUUCCAGUGUCACAAUGAACUCAUCUGUGAGUGUUGUACCUCCUGGUUCAAACUGUGGUAACCUUUGUUUGUUUUCUGUAUUUUAGUGUAAAAUAAGUUAACCUUGUACAGUACAUUGGAUUCCUUGGCGAAACGAACGCUUCGGAUUAAAACUUUUUUGUUUCCUAAA